GGCUCCGGCAGCGAGUCAAGGACCGCGAGGGCACAGAGCGGCAGCUGGGGGGGAUCGGAGCGCGGCGCGGGGUAUCGGGCUUGGGCCGCGGGCUCUGCUCGGCGGGGAGGGAGGGGGCCCGCCCGCUGGGCCUGGGCCCCCCCGGAUCCGCCCCCUCCCCGGUCCCGCCCCCUCGGAGCCUCCCUCGGCUGCUCUGGGGCUGCGACGGGGCCGGGGGUCUGCGGUCCGGGCGCCAUGCGGGCGUCACUGGUGCUAUCGGUGCUGCGGCCCGCGGGGCCCGUGGCCGUGGGCAUCUCCCUGGGCUUCACUCUGAGUCUGCUCAGUGUCACCUGGGUGGAGGAACCGUGCGGCCCAGGGCCGCCCCAGCCUGGAGACUCUGAGCUGCCGCCGCGCGGCAACACCAACGCAGCGCGUCGGCCCAAUUCUGUGCAACCUGGCGCGGAGCGCGAGAAGACCGGGGCCGGCGCAGGCGCCGGGGAGAACUGGGAGCCGCGUGUCUUGCCCUACCACCCCGCACAGCCGGGCCAGGCUGCCAAAAAGGCCGUCAGGACCCGCUACAUCAGCACGGAGCUGGGCAUCAGGCAGAGACUGCUCGUGGCGGUGCUGACCUCACAGGCCACGUUGCCCACUCUGGGUGUGGCUGUGAACCGCACGCUGGGGCACCGGCUAGAGCGUGUGGUGUUCUUGACUGGUGCUCGGGGCCGCCGGGCACCACCGGGCAUGGCCGUGGUGACGCUGGGUGAGGAGCGGCCCAUCGGGCACCUACACCUGGCACUGCGCCAUCUGCUGGAUCAGCACAGUGACGACUUUGACUGGUUCUUCCUAGUGCCCGAUGCUACCUACACCGAGGCGCACGGGCUGGCACGCCUAGCUGGCCGCCUCAGCCUGGCCGCCUCUGCCCACCUCUAUUUGGGCCGGCCCCAGGACUUCAUUGGCGGGGAGCCCGCCCCAGGCCGCUACUGCCACGGCGGCUUUGGGGUGCUUCUGUCUCGCACACUUCUGCUGCAGCUGCGCCCCCACCUGGAAGGCUGCCGCAACGACAUCGUCAGUGCGCGUCCGGACGAGUGGCUGGGACGCUGCAUCCUUGAUGCCACCGGCGUGGGCUGCACUGGAGACCACGAGGGGGUGCACUAUAGCUAUCUGGAGCUGAGCCCUGGGGAGCCUGUGCAGGAGGGGGACCCUCGUUUCCGCAGUACCCUGACAGCCCAUCCUGUGCGUGACCCUGUGCACAUGUACCAACUGCACAAGGCUUUUGCCCGAGCUGAGCUGGAGCGCACGUACCAGGAGAUCCAGGAGUUGCAGUGGGAGAUCCAGAACACCAGCCGCUUGGCAGCUGACGGCGAGCGGGCAGCUGCCUGGCCUGUGGGCAUUCCAGCCCCCUCCCGCCCAGCCUCCCGCUUUGAGGUGCUGCGCUGGGAAUACUUCACGGAGCAGCAUGCUUUUUCCUGCGCUGAUGGCUCUCCCCGCUGCCCACUGCGUGGGGCUGACCGAGCCGAUGUGGCCGACGUUCUCGGGGCAGCCCUGGAGGAACUCAACCGCCGUUACCAUCCGGCACUGAGGCUCCAGAAGCAGCAGCUGGUUAAUGGCUACCGACGCUUUGAUCCUGCCCGGGGUAUGGAGUACACGCUGGACCUGCAGCUGGAGGCGCAGACCCCCCAGGGUGGCCGCUGGCCCCUCACCCGCCGGGUACAGCUGCUCCGGCCGCUCAGCCGCGUGGAGAUCCUGCCUGUGCCCUAUGUCACCGAGGCCUCACGUCUCACUGUGCUGCUGCCUCUGGCUGCGGCUGAGCGUGACCUGGCCCCUGGCUUCCUGGAGGCCUUCGCCACCGCAGCACUGGAGCCUGGCGACGCCGCGGCAGCCCUGACUCUGCUGCUGCUUUAUGAGCCUCGCCAGGCCCAGCGGGCAGCCCACGCAGAUGUCUUCGCACCUGUCAAAGCCCAUGUGGCAGAGCUGGAGCGGCGUUUCCCCGGUGCCCGGGUGCCGUGGCUCAGUGUGCAGACAGCAGCCCCCUCACCCCUGCGCCUCAUGGACCUGCUCUCCAAGAAGCACCCAUUGGACACACUGUUCCUGCUGGCCGGGCCAGACACAGUGCUCACUCCUGACUUCCUAAACCGCUGUCGCAUGCAUGCCAUCUCUGGCUGGCAGGCAUUCUUUCCCAUGCACUUCCAGUCCUUCCACCCGGCCGUGGCGCCACCGCAGGGCCCCGGGCCACCAGAGCUGGGCCGUGACACGGGCCGCUUCGAUCGCCAGGCAGCCAGUGAGGCCUGCUUCUACAAUUCCGACUAUGUGGCAGCCCGUGGGCGGCUGGCGGCAGCCACAGAGCAGGAGGAGGAGCUGCUGGAGAGCCUGGAUGUGUACGAGCUGUUUCUACGCUUCUCGGGCCUACACGUGCUGCGGGCAGUGGAACCCGCACUACUGCAGCACUACCGGGCCCAGCCGUGCAGCGCUCGGCUCAGCGAGGACCUGUACCACCGCUGCCGCCAGAGUGUGCUCGAGGGCCUUGGCUCCCGCACCCAGCUCGCCAUGCUGCUCUUCGAGCAGGAGCAGGGCAACAGCACCUGACCCCACCGGGCCUGGGCCCUGGCACAGCUGUGUGUGCCCCACUGCUCCCCAACAUCCCGGAGUCCCCUGCCAGCCUCGCCAGACAGGGCUGGCCCCAGCCUCAAACCCCAGGGCAGCCACUGGCCCCCUCUCUCUGGCUUUGUGGGUCCCGGGGCUCAGGACAAGCCCUAGGGGAGGAGUUCUCCAAGCCACCCCUUCCUGCCUCAAAGAUCUCCCUGCACACUUGACGCUGCUGAUUCCGGCUGUGGCCUCCGAGUAUUUAUGCAGUUCAGUCUGCCUGACGCCAGUCCACCUCCUGGGUCAGCCCUGGGGGCUGGGCUGCAGAUGAAUUGUUGGAAGGAAAGGGGAGCCGAGAGAGGAGGGUAGGGCAUUUCUCAAUUUCUCCCUUCUGUACCCCUGAUGAAGCUCCCUGCCUUGAAUAAACUGGCUGAGCGAGGACU